GUGAGAUUCACAAGUGAACUGUGGCAGUCGACUACUGAACAGAUGGGCACAAAACUCCAGAUGACCUCAGGGAAUCACCCUGAGUCAAAUGGCCAGGCAGAACAGAUGAACCGGGUAGCACAGCACCUGCUUCGGCAUUAUAUAAAGCCAAGUCAGGAUGACUGGGACGAAAAGUUACCUCUCGUCGCCAGUCUGUACAACAAUGCUGUGCACAGUACUACUGAUCAUUGCGAUUGUUCUGCUGUUCUGCAUCUCGACGUAAAACGCAUCCACAUUCAUGCGCUUAGUCCGAUCGUCGUCUUCGCUAGUGGGAUCUCGCCCCUUAACAUCAUCAUCAUGAACACCGAGAGCGGCGGCCUCCUCGUUUCAUCCCGCCCGCGGAGUAAAUCUCUUUCUGCUGCUGCCGAUUCGGUCAGCAGAACGGGCACUUCUCCGUCUAAGAAGAGAAGCACCUCCUUCUCUCAUCCCUAUAACAAGGAUCUGCUCUCGGGAGGAGGAGGAGGAGGAGGAGGAGGAGGUAGGGAGAAUAAGCUCAACGACGGCAAACGAUCGAUCGUGACAUCGAAUCCAGUCCGAAAGUUAGCAUGGGCAGACGUAUCUAACGCGAAACAGCAGCGCGAUUCGUCCACUCCUCCCGAGCACUCAGUCUGGAGAACAGAAGGCGGGGCAACAUCUACAGAGCUAAGGCAGCCACAGCAGGAACUCUCAACCACCUACCCUACUCCUUCACCCAGCUCUUCCUCCACCUCUCCUCGGGAAGCAGACAAUGAAUCUUCUCCUCCUCCUACUCCUCCUCAUCCUCCUCCUCCUCCUCUUCCUCCUCCUCCUCGUCGUCCUCCAGUUCCCCCUCGCGUGCACAAAGGAAGAGGAUCAAAAGCCAGCAAGAGGAGCGAGGUUCUGGGGGAGAGCCCCCCACCUCUCACAAGCUCCCGAUCGACGACGAUCCGCUCACAGCUGAGAUCGGCUGGCGACUCUCACGGCUAUGGCCGCAAGAAGCAGAGCGCUAAGGAGCUACAGCGAGCUGGGAGCAGUAGCAAGAUCAUCAGACAAGAAGAUGGGAGGGAGGAGUGGGGUAGUAGUCGGAUCCACCAGGACGACAGACAAGAUAAGGUGCGGUCCCUGCAACACAUGUGCGUGAGCCUGGCAGAGCGGCUGAGGAAGCUGGAGGACACGGUUCAAGCUGUCUGUUUGGAGUUCAGAUCGAGGAGAAACGACCAAACGCGAGCUGCUGAUGACCGUAGAUUGCAGGAGAAGUCGACCGUUAUCGGCGACGGAGGUGAAGGGAAAACGACACGUGGCUUGCGCAGAUUUCCAACAGCUUGGCCAUCAUCACCAGCAAGUGCAGUAGCAGCAGAGGGAGGACAACUGGCAGAAGAAGAAGCGGCAGCAGCAGAAGAAGAAGAAGAAGGAGAAGGAGAACAAGAAGAAGAAGAGGGAGGAGCUGUGGGGACUGCAAGGGGAGGACGAGUCUUGUCACGCCCUCGAGGAGGAGGUGGUCACCAUCAAACGGCGUCUAACGGAGAACUCUUCGCCAGAUCUAACGGCGAGGAGGAAGAAGAAGACAGAGCUGCAGAGGAGGCUGCUCCUCGACCUGACGCUACCACUCUUUGGCCCCCGCCAGCGCACGCUUUGCGCCGCAAAGAGCGGGAGCCGACGGGACGCACCACGGCGCACUACGUGUGGAGGACCGCGCCCGACGUGGCUGCAGCAGCUCACGACCUCCAGCACCAACGACCGUUCUUCUCUGGCAGCCUCCUCGUCCCGACAUCCAUCAGCAAGACGCCCCAUCAUAGCCUUGCUAACGAUCGGCUCGACGACGUUUCGGCCCUGCUGUCCGGAUCCGGAUUGUCCCCAGAGGAGAUCCAUCGCAAAGCAACCACCAUCUCCCGCCAUGUCCGUGGGUUUCUGGCCAGGACGCGAUACCUACGCGGCCGAUGGGCUCUGGACACGUGGCAGUCUUCCCAGUACUCCAAGAUCAAAGCGUUUCUCCGCUCGUGGUGCGAUCGACGGCGGAUGGUUAAUUACCAAAUGGAAAAGAUGAAGAUAGCUCGUGACAAGAAGCUGGUCAGACUUGUCUUCAUCUUUUAUCGCGCCAUCACGAGCCACAACAAGAAGAAGAGAAAUGAGAGAGAGGUGGAGGCCAUCACGAUGGGUAGGGAACGGAUCCGACGAGAGACUCGAAAAUGGUUAAGUUAUUGGCAUAUCAUAGCGACGGGUUCUUUGUCUAGGCGAAGUCGAAAGGCAGCUUACGUCGCAAGACGCCAGGCCGCCAGGGUGGCAUUGGCAAAGAGAGCUGCAAGUCUCAAUCCCAAGGCUUGGUGGAAGAUCAAGGUCGUCGAUGCCGAAGCCAUCAAAGCCGAGGUCGAUGCUAUGGCGAUCCGACGUGUCCACCUUCUGCGAUGCUCCCAGAUAAAGAGGAGAGCGUUCGGCGAAUGGAGGGCGAUCUAUUUCGAGCGAGUAGGAGACAGCUUCCACUCCACGUGGCUGAAGAGGAGAGCCAUUCGAGCUCUCCAUGGCUACCUGGGGCGAAAGAUGGACAAGUCACAACUCCCAAGACUGCAAUGGAUUGCCCGCCGAGGCCUGCUGAAGGAGGUGUCACGGCGAUGGCGGACGACUAAGCUCCGCAGAGCUUGGCGGCUAUGGUGGAAGUUGACCUCUCAGGGACGGUCGUUGAGGCGCGUGGGGGAUUUCCAGGCCGCUCGAGAGCUUGCCAAGUCCUUGGCGCCCAUGAAGAAGAAGGCAGUCGAAGCAUGGUCGAUGGCGGGCAAAGCCCUGCGUGCAUGGAAGUCCAAAGUAGGUGCCAUCUUCAUCAACGCCCCCUCCGCACGAGCUCUGUACGCAUUCAAGCUAUGGCGGCUAAACACCUGCAUGGUGAAGGUGAUCAGGAGAGUGACGGAGGAGGAGGUCAACCUCAUCCUCCGCCAAAGACGAGCAAGAAUGCUGCAGUUGGCGUUCUUCGCCUGGACAGCGUUGCUAUGGCCGCAACACGACAGAUUGACCGCUAUCGAAGAGCCGAAUCACAAAGAAGAAAUGGAUAAGGUUGCCACGUGGCAAGAACUGCCUAAGGUUGACACGUGGCAAGAAAUGGAUAAGGGUAGUAGCACGUGGCAAGAAGUAGAUCAGGUUGGUAGCACGUGGCAAGAGCACGACGCGGCCAAGGAAAGGUCGACUGGAUUGCUGGGACCUGCAGGAGGCACGGGACCAGCGAUGGGACCAGCGAUGGGACCAGCAAUGGGACCAACGACGGGACCAGCGAUGGGAAAAGGAUUAGGGAUGGGAAAAAAGGGAACAGGGAUGGGAAAGGAAUGGCAGUCUUGGGUGAAGAAGAAGAAGGUGGGAUGGACGGUGGAGUGGUCAGGGGAAGUAGCACCCUCCGACAGCCAUCGCCAUGCCUCCGCGGUAGUCGGCAGUAAAGGUACACAGGACAGCAAGCAGUCCUCCGAUAAAAAUAGCACGAGGCAAAAGGAUGUGGAUAACGAUAUUAUUGUGGAUAAGAUUCGGAUACGGGAGAAGGGGAAUGAGAGUGGAGGAUCUCCUCCUCCGGGAGACUACGGAACCUCUGGUUCGGUACCCGUGGCUGUAGUAGCUGACCUGGUGACGGAGGGCAAGCUGGAAACAGCUGUGCAGAGAGCCAAAGGUGUGGUGGACUUCGAGUCCCAGGUUCGAGACCUCGCGAGCAAAUGCCUUCAAGGUAUCACCACCAGCUCGAGGCCAUUUGCCGACCCUUCGCUGGACCUUGACCAGUCUUCUCUCGAUCUCGAUCUCGAUCUCGAUCUCGAUCUUGACGUUGAAUGAAGACCACGAGAGAGUGCUGGUGACACUGAAGUAGGAUAUCGUAGAGAUAGGGGGUGGCCUAGGAGUGGGGAUGGGAUGGGAGGUAGCCUCUUUCCCUCAGGACAACCAUGGCUGACAGCUCCGGGCUAUCAAUGUGUGCCUACAGUAGUAACUGGCCUCUACAACACCCUGGGGCCUGGGCUUUUCAUAAAAAAGACCCUCAUCGUGACUGAAGAUACCUUGUAUACGUCCAUGAUCAUGGAACGUUGUGUUGGGGGGAAAACAGCUUAUGUAAACAAUAACCUGCAGCGCAAGAAAAUAAAAGCCAGUAACUUCU